CGGUGCCCUCCCCUAUAAAGGCAGCCACGAGUGGAGCGAGGUGCACGAGCGCAUGUGCUUGAGCUGACCAUGUCCGUGAGGGAACUGGUGGUGGUGGCAGUAGCACUGGUGACUCUUGUCACCACUGGUGGGGCAGAGCUGAAUGAAGGGAAAGGCCUGAGAAAGCCGGUGUGUGGAGACAUGGUUGAGCUGCAGGCCUGCCCCCUUCUGCACUUGCCUGUCUGUGGGACCGACGGGAACACCUACUCCAAUGAAUGCCAGCUCUGUGUGGAGCAAAUGAAAACCAGGCAAGAUAUCCAGAUUUUGAAAGACGGGGAGUGUCAAGAUAUCUGAGCUUUAUUGUAGCUUUCCUGAGCCCAGAAACAG